AACAAAAACAAAAAUCAUUCGUUCAAUCGUUUUCCGCGAGCAUCAUCCGUCGUCGUCGUCGCGAAUCGUUCCGCAGUUUUCACCGGUUCCCAACCACCUUCAACCAUGGCCGCCGAGGAGUACGAGCGGUUCGAGAUCACGGACCACGAUCUGGAGAGCGAGUUCAACCCGAACCGGCGCAGUCGGCGACCUACGAAGAAUCAGCAAAUUUACGGCAUCUGGGCGGACGACGAUUCCGAGAAUGAGCUGGAGGAAGGUUCCAGGCGGGGUGGUGGGCGCAGCGGUGGUAAGAAGACGAAGGACUACUCGGCGCCGAUUGGGUUUGUGGCCGGCGGGAUUCAGCAAGCUGGGAAGAAAAAGGAGGAAAAGAAGGAGAAGAGUGAGGACGAGGAGGAGGACGAUGAGCGGCCACGGUUUGGGGCGGCGGCGAGGAAGGUCAGCGGGACCAGUUCCGAGUCGGAUCAGGAGGAGGUUCGGGAUAUUCGGUCGAUGGCUGGGUUUAGAAAGGCUGGAGGAGGAUUUCAGCAGAAGGGUGGCCCGUCUGGGAGGGGAGUUGGCGGUUGGGAGCAGCAUACGAGGGGAAUCGGUGCCAAGCUGCUGCUCCAGAUGGGUUACCAGCCGGGAAAGGGUUUGGGAAAGGACCUGCAAGGUAUAUCGGCCCCGAUUGAGGCUCAUCUGAGGAAGGGACGAGGAGCGAUUGGCGCUUACGGACCGGAGAAGAAGACGGUCGUGAUGGAUCAGAAGGCGCCGAAAGAAGCAAUUGGGAGCAAGAAGGAGGACCUUAAGGAGUUGACCGAAAGUGGCCAGCAGUGGCGCAAGGACAAGCACAAGGGACGGUACUUUUACAAGAGCGUCGAAGAUGUCAUCGAGAAGGGCAAACGAUCGUACAACUUGUUUGAUAAAAACUCCAAAAUGAGUCAAGUUAAGGUGAUCGACAUGACCGGGCCGGAGAGUCGCGUCCUGAGCGGAUAUCACGCCCUCGGACAGGCCAAGGUCGCGGACGAAGAUCUGUACGAUGGAAAACCGACGAAGGAAACGAGCAAUUUUGCACUGCCCGAGUUGAUGCACAAUUUGAACUUGAUUGUGGACUAUUGCGAGCAGGACAUCAUUGCGAUCGACAAGCAGAAGACGACGGCGAAAGAUCGCGAGGAGCAGCUGGAGAUUGAGAAGGAGAACUUGAUCAAAAUCACGCAGCUUGAGGAGGACUACAUUGCGACGCUGGAAGGUGCCCUCGAGCUCGUGCAAGCCCUCGUCGAACCCGAGGACGGGUUCGUCUCGCUGGAGGAGUGCGAACGCAUCUUUGUCCGCAUCCAGUCCGAGUUCGCGGCCGAGUACAAAGAGUUUGGCCUUGCCGAUCUCGCCCCGGGUGUCGUUGCUCCGAUGAUCGCGGCCCGGCUCAAAGAGUGGAAUCCCUUCGUCGAUCCGACGCGCCAUCUGGAGUUGUUUAAGCGCUGGCGCACGAUCCUCGGUUCGUCUUCCGACUCGGAAAAGCGUAAUUUGCUCGAUCCGUACUCGGCUCUGGUUUGGUCCGGGGUCAUUCCGAGUGUGCGGACUGUGGCGACCACGUGGGAUCCGCGCAUUCAUCAGCCCAUGAUUGCGCUGUUGGACGCGUGGGCGCCACUGUUGCCGGCGUGGAUUUUGGAUAACGUCCUGGAGCAGAUCAUCAUGAGCAAGCUGACGGCGGCCGUGACCGAGUGGGAUCCGCUGACCGAUCACAUCCCGAUUCACAUCUGGAUUCAGCCGUGGGCGGGAAUUUUGGGGUCGAAAAUGGAGGAGUCCAUUUAUCCGACGAUUCGGGAGAAGUUGAGUAAGGCGCUGAAGGCGUGGAAUCCGGAGGAUCGGUCGGCACGGGCGAUGAUUACGCCGUGGAAGGGCGUAAUGGCGGAGGAGGAUCUGCAGGUGUUUCUCACGAAGAACAUUAUUCCGAAGCUGGAGCUGAGGCUGACGGAGCUGGUGAUCAAUCCGCUGCAGCAGGACUUGGAAAUCUUCAACCAGGUCUGGGAGUGGCACGAACUCAUCUCCACCAUCCAGAUGGCUUCCAUCCUGGACAAGUACUUCUUCCCCAAGUGGAUCCAAACGCUUGUCUUGUGGUUGAACCAGUCACCCAACUUUGAUCAGGUCACCCGCUGGUACCAGGGUUGGAAGUCCCAGCUAACCGACGACAUUGUCCGCCAGACCAACAUCAAGGAAAACUUCCGCAAAGCCCUGGAUCUGAUGCAGCGUUCGAUCGGCAUCACCACCGGAAGCUCCUCCAGCAGCAGCAGCUCAGCGCUUCCGGAACCAAUGGACACGAUCCCGCCGCCACCGGUGCCACCCUCAAUGUCCGCCUCCAAGCCGGUGAUGCUGGAUUUGGACACGGCGCCGUCGCUAGAGUUCAAGGAGCUGGUGUCGCAAAAGUGUGCCGAGCGGGGAAUCAUUUUUGCACCGAUGCCGGGACGGCGCGAGAUGGGCAAGCAGGUCUACCGAGUUGGGAAGCUGUUCUGCUACAUCGAUCGGUCAGUUUGUAUUGUGAGCUUCGAUGGAGGCGUCUCGUGGACGCCGGUGUCGCUGCCGGCACUGAUUGAGCGGGCUAUCAAUGGGUAGGGUGGCAUGACGAAUUGACUAAUUUGAGCAAAUAAAAGUAUUGGACGCAA